AUGGCGAAGAGUGAAAAGAUACGUUUAAACAGUAACCAAUCCGUACUUUGGGGCAAUCGUUUGGGAAGUAAUAAAGAGGAUGCUUUGAAAAUAGUCGUUACAGACGGCACGACAGAACUUGCACGUUCGUUUCUAUAUAGAACGUUGAAUGAUAACGUGUUUGGUGAAAAUCAAUCUGUCUUUAUAAGCCUCUAUGAAUUGAAAAAUAAGGCGAUCUUUUUGGAGAGCGUGGCGAUCGAACUCACUUCUUUUAGCCCCAAACUUUUAAGUGGCAUUAGUUACGGUCACGAUGCUUCCAUUGAAUUCAAGAAUGCAGAUGUUGUAAUUUGUAUUGGUCACGCAAGGGAGUAUGACUUUAAGGAUAAUGAAUACCUGGAGCCAUUUUUUGAAGAACACGUUUUGAUUUCCAAGUUUUACGGUGAAGUUAUAGAGAGGUAUGUGAAAAGGGAUGCAAAAAUCAUUGUGCUUGGAAAUACUGCUGCCACAAUCAUAUCCAAAUAUGUGAAAUCUAUUCCUAUCGGCAACAUAACUACAUUGUCUUUGUUGAAUUUAAAUAUUGUCACAGCACAGAUUGCUGCACGAAUAAAGUGUCUGCCAGCAGAAAUAAAAAAUAUAAUAAUCUGGGGCUCGAACGGUUCGCAUAGUUUCCCAGAUUGCAGAUAUAUCCAUCUCACUAGUGGGAAACCUUUGCCUGAUGCUUUGAAAGUUUGGAUCAGUGACGUUCUCCCAUGUAUUGUUCAGAGCGUGUCGUGUAGGCCAAGCCUCGUUAACUCUCUGGCGUACGCAUUGGCGGAGCACUGUAAAAUCUUAUGGAACGGCACCCCGGAAGAUGAGUGGACCUCCAUGGGUGUUUUGUCCGACUGUUCGUAUUCAAUUCGGUCUGGAAUAUUUUUCUCUUUUCCCGUAGUUUGCAGGAACAGACAGUGUGAGAUA